AAACUGCCCCAAUCAAUCUUUACAGGGCCCACCUAACAAACAGUUUAUUGCUCCCUAAAUCGGAGGGUAUUCUGCAGCAACAUUAUUACAAAUGCGACAGUAAUGCAAUCUCGAUUUGAGGGUUGAUGCGUGUUUGAUUGAGGACGAGGUCUUUCAGACCGACCAUUCCCAUCACAGCAGCUGAUGGCCACGCUAGGGGAAAAUCGGAGAGUCCCUCAGGUGCAGAUACGGGAUCUGAGAGAUGAUUUCUGCGAGUUCGUGCUCAGCGACACAGAUCCUUCAGUGGCCAAUGCCUUGCGACGCAUCAUGCUUGUGGAAGUACCCACAAUAGCAAUCGACCUGGUGGAGAUAGAGGAGAACACAACAGUGCUCAAUGAUGAAUUCAUUGCUCACCGGCUUGGGCUGAUUCCCCUCGUCAGCAGCGCAGUAGGUGGCAUGAAGGGAGUGUUUGAGGACGCUGGGGAGGCGGAUUUCUUGGACGUGGAGAUGACCCUGAACGUGAAGUGCACGAGCGAGGACACGAUGGAAGUGACCAGCAAUGACCUGCAACUGGACGCAAACCACCCUGAUGUCCGCCCUGUGGGCUACGUUCCGGGUGGGUAUGACCCAGAGAAUCGGGGCAUUCUGCUGGUGAAGAUGCGCAAGAACCAGGAGCUGCGCCUGAAAGCCAUCGCGCGCAAGGGCAUCGGCAAGGAUCAUGCGAAGUGGAUACCUGUGGCGACGGUGAGCUUCCAGUACAUGCCAGAGAUUACCAUCAACCGGGCGCUGAUGGAUACUCUGACAGAAGAGCAGAAGGAGGACUGGGUCAAGGCCACGCCCAACCCAGUCUUCCGCUACAACAACAUCACCAAGCAGGUGGAGUUGGACGACGUGGAGCAGUACAGAUACGAUGGGGAGGCAGAAGCAAAGGCAGAGGAGCUGGGCAAGCCAGGCUUAGUCACCAUCAAGGAGCGCCAGGACAUGUUCAUUUUCCGAGUGGAGGGGACGGGCGUGCUGAGGGCGGAGGACGUGGUGCUGACGGCGCUGGAGGUGCUCAUGCGCAAACUGCGCAACCUGCAGGAAGCCCUGCCGCAGCAGGACGACGGCACCGCCUGA